UAACAUUGAAUCAAUUACGGGACGCGGUUUCUGAGACCAUUACAGUCGGAUCGGGAGAGAGGGCGAGCGAGAGGGAAAGAGCGCGGCUGAGCAGGGAAAGUCACAAAAGACGUGGACAUAUUUUGGAUGUUUUACAAUCUGCAGGAUUGGGGCUGCGGGUUGUAAAGGAGAAGCUGUUGGCAGCUAUGGGUACUUACCCACAGGCGUUCCUGAUCCUGGGAUGUUUUCUCACAGGACCAUUCCUAACAUUUUGCCAGCUUCCUCUGCCAAAUAUUGUUCCCGAUAGGAAUGAAAUGGUGGUACAGCUCUAUUCCAAUUUCACACUCAAAUGCUCUGGAGACAGCGAAGUGAGCUGGCAGUACCCGGUGACCGAGGGGAGCCACAGGAUAGACCUCAGACACGAAGAGAACAACAGCGGCCUCUUCGUGACAGUGCUCGAGGUGGGGAACGCCUCGGCCGCGCACACGGGCCUGUAUGUCUGCUACUACAACCACACACAGGUGGAGGACGGCGAGGUGGAAGGCAGGGACAUCUACAUCUAUGUGCCUGACCCAGACAUGCCUUUUGUUCCUUCUAUACCUGAAGACCAGUUCAUCCUGGUGGAAGAAGGUGAUCCUGCAGUUAUCCCUUGUCGGACAAGUGACCCAGAGGCCCAAGUGACUUUAGUUAACAGCUUAGACAAGGCUGUGCAUGCUUUAUAUGACACCAAACAAGGCUUCAUAGGGAAUUUUCCUGCAGGCUCAUACACAUGCAAAACAAUGGUUAAAGGCGUGGAGUUCAAGUCUGAUGAGUUCCUCAUCUAUAUUAUAAGAGCUACUUCACAGCUGCCUGUUGAAAUUGAAGCUCUUAAAACUGUCUACAAAACAGGCGAGACCAUCGUAGUGACUUGUGUGGUCUUUGACAAUGAGGUGGUUAAUUUACAGUGGAAUUACCCAGGGAAAGUGAAAGAAAAAGGUCUGAUAAAGCUUGAUGAUAUCAAAGUGCCAUCACAGAAGCUGGUUUACACCUUGACCAUUCCUGAGGCAUCGGUGAAAGACACAGGGGAUUAUGAAUGUACUGCUCGGCAUGCAACCAAGGAGGUUAAAGAAAAUAAGAAAGUAGCCAUUACAGUUCAUGACAAAGGCUUUGUUCACCUGGAGCCUCAGUUCAGACCUCUGGAAGCUGUCAACCUGCAUGAAGUAAAAAACUUUGUUGUUGAUGUGCAGGCUUACCCAGCACCAAAAAUGUACUGGUUGAAGGAUAAUGUGACUCUGAUUGAAAAUCUUACAGAGAUUGUUACUACUUCAGGAAGAGUCCAGGAAACAAGGUUUCAGAGUGUUUUAAAAUUGAUACGGGCCAAGGAGGAAGACAGUGGAUACUAUACCUUGGUUGCUGAGAAUGAAGAUGAGAUUAAAAGAUACACCUUCUCAUUGCUGAUACAAGUUCCAGCUCUGAUCUCAGCCCUCGUGGAUGAUCACCAUGGCUCUGCAGGUGGGCAGACUGUGAGAUGCUUGGCAGAAGGGACCCCACUUCCCAAUGUGGAAUGGCUGGUUUGCAAGGACAUUAAAAAGUGCAACAAUGACACCUCAUGGACCCUUUUGACUAACAAUAUCUCUGAUAUACACAUGGAAGCCCACCUGGAUGAGAAAAAUAUGGUGGAAAGCCGGGUGACCUUCCAGAAGGUGGAGGAAACCCUGGCUGUGCGCUGUGUGGCGAGGAAUGACCUUGGUGCCGUUACUCGAGAGCUGAAGCUUGUGGCUCCCACCUUGAGAUCAGAGCUAACUGUGGCUGCUGCUGUCUUAGUGCUGUUGGUGAUUGUGAUAAUUUCACUGAUUGUCCUGGUCAUCAUAUGGAAACAGAAGCCCAGGUAUGAGAUCAGAUGGAGAGUCAUUGAGUCCAUCAGCCCUGAUGGCCACGAGUACAUUUAUGUGGACCCAAUGCAACUGCCUUAUGACUCCAGAUGGGAGUUUCCUCGAGAUGGGUUAGUGCUUGGUCGGAUCCUUGGUUCGGGUGCAUUUGGAAAAGUGGUUGAAGGGACUGCAUAUGGAUUGAGUCGCUCCCAACCGGUGAUGAAAGUAGCUGUGAAAAUGCUGAAACCUACAGCUAGAUCCAGUGAAAAACAGGCACUCAUGUCUGAACUGAAGAUAAUGACACAUCUUGGCCCCCACCUGAAUAUUGUGAAUCUGCUUGGAGCUUGUACAAAAUCAGGUCCUAUUUACAUCAUUACUGAAUACUGUUUUUAUGGUGAUCUUGUGAACUACCUGCAUAAGAAUAGGGACAAUUUCCUGAACCGACACCCUGAAAAGCCUAAAAAAGACUUGGAUAUCUUUGGGAUGAACCCUGCUGAUGAAAGCACAAGAAGUUAUGUGAUACUAUCCUUUGAAAACACCGGAGAAUACAUGGACAUGAAACAAGCUGAUACCACUCAGUAUGUGCCAAUGCUGGAAAGAAAGGAGGGCUCUAAAUACUCUGAUAUCCAGAGAUCUGUGUAUGAUCGGCCUGCUUCCUAUAAGAAGAAAUCCAUGUCAGAAUCAGAAGUCAAAAACCUUCUUUCAGAUGACAGUUCAGAGGGCCUCAGCCUAUUGGAUUUGCUGAGCUUCACCUACCAGGUUGCACGGGGAAUGGAAUUCUUGGCUUCUAAAAAUUGUGUGCACCGUGACUUGGCCGCUCGUAAUGUCCUCCUGGCUCAAGGAAAAAUUGUGAAGAUCUGUGACUUUGGGCUGGCUAGAGACAUCAUGCAUGAUUCCAACUAUGUCUCCAAGGGCAGUACUUUCCUCCCAGUAAAAUGGAUGGCACCUGAAAGUAUUUUUGACAACCUGUACACAACAUUAAGUGAUGUCUGGUCUUAUGGCAUUCUGCUGUGGGAAAUAUUUUCUCUUGGUGGCACACCUUAUCCUGGCAUGAUGGUUGAUUCUACUUUCUACAAUAAGAUCAAGAGUGGAUACCGAAUGGCCAAACCUGAUCAUGCCACCAAUGAAGUGUAUGAGAUUAUGGUGAAGUGCUGGAACAGUGAACCGGAGAAAAGACCUUCUUUCUACCAUUUGAGUGAAAUUGUGGAGAGCUUGCUGCCUGGAGAGUACAAAAAGAGCUAUGAGAAGAUUCAUCUGGACUUCCUGAAAAGUGAUCACCCAGCUGUCACACGCAUGAGAGGGGACUGUGACAAUGCUUACAUUGGUGUAACUUACAAGAAUGAAGACAAGCUAAAGGACAGGGAGAGUGGAUUUGACGAGCAGAGACUGAGUGCUGACAGUGGAUACAUCAUUCCCCUGCCUGACAUUGACCCUGUUUCUGAAGAUGAGCUUGGCAAAAGGAACAGACACAGUUCACAGACAUCUGAAGAAAGUGCCAUUGAAACCGGUUCCAGUAGCUCUACCUUCAUCAAGAGAGAGGACGAGACCAUUGAGGACAUUGACAUGAUGGACGACAUUGGCAUCGACUCCUCAGACCUGGUGGAGGACAGCUUCCUGUAAGGCACGGCCGCCCGCCAGCUCUGCACACAGGGAACCUUCCCCAGCUCUCCACAGACUUCUGCUCCACACAGAAAACCACUUUAUUGCAACGUCAAGGAUGUGAAGAGGAGGUGGAUUUGUAGAAAGGAACGCC